AUGAGUACUUUAAUGAGUGAAAGACAAAAACAAAUAUAUAGAGCUCAAGUAUAUGAAUGGGGGGGUAUGUAUGAUAAAAUGAUGGAGGCUAUCCAAUCUAUAAUAACAAUAGCUGAAUUUGAAAAAAGUGAAUUAGAAGAAGUUGAAAGACAAUUACUAUCUUCUUGUAUUAAGCAUAAAGUAAAUAGUACUAGGAAUAGUUUUAGAAAAAUUAUAGAGGAAAAGUUAAUACAAUCAAAAGCCAAAAAUGAAAUGCAGAUAUCCUGUUGUGAUGAUUACAUAAAAAUAUUAAAAAAGAGAUUACAAACAUUUCUAAAUUCUAUAGAUACAAUUAUAGAUAGAUUUAUAAUUAAUUCUGAUAGAGGUGAAUUAUAUAAGGCAAAACUUAUUGCUGACAAUGCACGAUAUAGAUUGGAAAUCGACAUUAAAACAUGUGAAGAUGUUAAAAAACUUUACGAAGAUGCAUAUAAGUUGUCUCAAGACUUUUCAGAUCCUUCUGAUGCUCUUGUAUUAAGUGUUGUAUUAAAUUUUGCUGUCUUUUUAGCCGAAAGAUGCAAUGAUAUUGCUCGAGCUAAGAAUAUUGCAAAAUUAGCUUGCAAGAAUUUUGAUGAGACCAUAAAAAAAUUUGACAAAUUAGGGGAUAAAAGUAAAAUUUCUGAAGCCACUUUAAAGACUUUGGAAACUCUUAAAGAACACAUAAAUACGUGGAUUUGA